AUGGCGGCUUUAAUGGCGGCUUUAAUGGCGGCUUUAAUGGCGGCUUUUCGUGUCGGUAACAUCGAGUUAGCAGAUGUGCGUGUAGUUAUCUUUGGCUCGGGCUCAGCUGGUACUGGGAUUGCAAAACAAGUCGCCGAUACUAUUACUACGGACACUGGCAGAACAAAGAAGCUUCAGCACAGAUAUGCGGAGUGCAACAGUUCAACCUGCUUUCCUGGUAUCGGUCUUGGGGCAGUUCUAUCUCGGACGAGGAUCCUCUCUGACAAUAUGUUGGUGGCAGCCGCCAGAGCGUUAGCUUCUCAGUCUCCGGCUUUACGGGAUCCAAGCCGGCCUCUCCUUCCCGAUAUUGAAAAUAUAAGCGAGAUUAGCGUGCAUAUUGCUUGGGCAGUCAUCGAGAAAGCAAUCAAGGAAGGAUAUGCCCAAGAAGAGGAAAUUCAGAGCCAUGAAAAUGAUUUGGAGGAGUGGAUCCGAGUGUAG